AAAUUUGCAUUGUCGAGACAAAAAUAGGACAAUAUGCAAGCCCUUGCAGUUCCGUGUACGUAUACAGUGACGUGGAGCUGUGUGAGUGCGUACGAGCACAUACAAGGCACGGGAGUCCACUCCCUUAAUAUGGUGUAUAGGGCACACUGUACCGAGUAAAAAAGCUCUAGUAAACAUAGGUCCAAAGGUUAACCGUUUUUUUUUUAACACCCUGUAUAUCUGAUAACCUCCAGGUGGUCUCGAGUGGCCAAUUGAAUUUGAUCUGGCUAUAAACGUAGAGACACGAAGAAGCACUCAAGGGAAACGUGAAAUGGUUUGUUGCAGAGCUAGUGCUCGGGAGAGGUGUACAACUCGUCCCAGGGUGGCGGUGUCUCCGUCGGUAGAAAUCGAAAAGUGGCAAGCGUGGUGGAGCAGCUAGUGAGGGAACGCCGGUAAGGAGUCGCUCGAGGCGGUGUUCGUCGGGGUGAGAAACGAAGACGAAGACGACGACGCCGAGGAAGAGGAGUCCGAGGGUGGCGGCGGAGGAGACGAAGCGGAGGCGGCGGCGGAGGAGGGUGGCGACGGCGGUGAAGAAAAUCUCGUGGCGACUCUUGCGACGCGAGUCGCGAGCCGAGGUCGGAACGAGGCUAGAGUAACGGUUACGGAGGAAGGGUGGAAUUUAGUGGUUGGUGGUGGCGUUUGUGAAGGCAACCUGUGGCAAGAUGGGCUGUGCCAUGUCGGCGGAAGAGCGGGCCGCCUUGGCCCGUAGCAAGCAAAUCGAGAAGAACUUAAAGGAGGACGGCAUUCAGGCUUCCAAGGACAUCAAACUGUUGCUGCUUGGUGCUGGGGAGUCUGGAAAAAGUACCAUCGUAAAACAAAUGAAAAUUAUCCAUGAAAGCGGAUUUACGCCUGAGGAUUUCAAGCAGUACAGACCUGUAGUGUACAGCAACACGAUACAAUCUCUAGUCGCUAUUCUCAAAGCGAUGCCAACUUUGGGCAUCAGUUUCACGACCAAUGAACGGGAGACGGACGCGAAAAUGGUGUUUGACGUCAUCCAAAGAAUGGAGGACACGGAGCCGUUCAGCGAGGAGCUUCUCGCGGCGAUGAAGAGGCUCUGGGCGGACAACGGGGUUCAGGAAUGCUUCGGCAGGAGCAACGAGUAUCAACUCAACGACUCUGCGAAAUAUUUCCUGGAUGACCUAAAUCGAUUAGGAGCAAGGGAUUAUCAGCCUACGGAGCAAGAUAUUUUAAGGACUCGUGUUAAAACCACGGGUAUAGUCGAAGUCCACUUUGCCUUCAAGAAUCUUAAUUUCAAAUUAUUCGACGUGGGCGGCCAAAGAAGUGAACGUAAGAAAUGGAUACACUGCUUCGAAGACGUCACUGCGAUCAUAUUUUGCGUUGCGAUGUCCGAAUAUGAUCAAGUCCUGCACGAAGACGAAACGACGAAUCGAAUGCAGGAGAGCUUGAAGCUGUUCGACUCAAUUUGCAAUAACAAAUGGUUCACCGAUACCUCAAUUAUCCUAUUCUUGAACAAGAAGGAUCUCUUCGAAGAGAAAAUUCGCAAGUCACCGCUCACCAUUUGCUUCGUUGAGUAUGCCGGGGCGCAAGAGUACGGAGAGGCCGCCGCGUACAUCCAGGCGCAAUUCGAGGCGAAGAACAAGUCAACAACUAAGGAGAUCUACUGCCACAUGACUUGCGCCACUGAUACAAACAACAUUCAGUUCGUGUUCGACGCAGUCACAGAUGUCAUUAUCGCCAAUAAUCUCCGUGGCUGCGGUCUCUAUUAGGAUAAAUAUUCCCGUCGUGGAACCGAUCGACCGACAUACACUCACAAUCACACACAUAAACACAGACAUGUAUUGCGAGAACGAGGGAGCGUGUGAGAAUGAGAGAGUGAGAGACUGACAGCUGGUGAGAAAGAGAGCGAGUGAUAGAGGGGGAGAGAAAAAGGAGAGAUACCUAAGUAAGUACCACCGCUACUACUACCGGCCACCUGCGGAUACCUUCUCGAUUUUCAUUUUUAACAAGAACCCUUUCGUACUAUCCCUUUCGAUUUUCUCUUCUCAUGCGGUAAACUACUGCAAAGGAUUUACGAGGUGCUUCAUCGGCGGCAAACUUAACCAAGUCUGGAAAUGGAUUCGGUAUUUAAAAGCAGCGCUGUAAACGCAUCGGCGCGGUACUGCCUCUUUUAUUGAAAACAAAUCCGUCAUCGGCAGAUUUCACGAACGGAGGUGAGAGCGAGAAGUUUUUCUCGGAACUGGCGUCAGCUUAAAUGGACCAAAGAGGAGAGUGCGUGGGGUACAACCUCAUUAAUCUCUAACCUAAUCGGUUUCCUGAGAUAUUAACCCUUUUAGUGACAACCCAAGAAAAUUUAGUUUUAGAUGGUAAUUACGAGAUUUUAAUAGAAACAUGUUAUGAGGUAAAGAUAAAAUGGAUGCACAACUGAUAUAUUUAACUGAGAAAUAUGAACAGAGUUGAGGGUAGCUUCAUUUCAGCUAUUCGUAAUGAAGAUUUGAUCGAAAAGAGGUUUUACCGCAUUAUAUCUUGUUUUCAAGCUGUAGCUACUUUUGUGUUUCGAUAUCCCUUUAAAAAUGCUUAGCAUGUGCAACUGUUAACUAUGAAUUAUCAUGAACUGGGGUUUAAGAACUGCUAAAUUAUGUAAGGUCAUUUUGUCGGGUAAAUUAACAUCGAGUCAAAUUGGAUCUGUUUGUCUUUGCAUCAAGUGCUGCCAAUCCUUCUUUAGGAAUUUCCAUAAAAUCUAGACAGAAUUGAUGUUUCUCAUCUAGAAUUAUGUGAUCCAAUUAGGCCCACAGUGUGGAUAUGAGACAUCCUUGCAUAAACAAGUUAUGCAGACUUUUAUUAUCACAAAAUUCUUACUUAAUUUUUAAAGUAAAAAAUUUGCCAAUAAUGGAUAAAUUGGAUAAAAUUAGCAUAGAUAAAUUUACCACCUUGUGAAUGAACCACAUUUGCAGACGAGCCAACCCUGAUCUUAAUUGUAUGGUCUAAUGAUCCAUAUUGAUUGAUGUCAAUUAAGAUCAAAAACAGAACAUCGAGUACAAUACUCAUCCUUCGCAUUGAUGCAAGAUUAUAGGUGGCUAAUUGAUCUUUAAUUGUAGACAUUAAAAAAUGCAACUGGAAACAUCUGAUCGAUUCUGAGUUUCAAUCAUCAAAACAAUUGAAGGGCUGUCAGCCUUAUUUUGGAGUUAUCACAGUUUCUGACAAGUUGGAGAGUACUCCAUUGAUCUCCAACUGUGUACUUUAAAUUAAAUUACGUAAAUCAAACAAACUUGAGUGUAGUUGUAAUCAAUUCAAUGUAACCAGUUAUGAUAGGCUCGUUGUGUCGGAAGUAUAGGUGGACAUAGAUGUUUUCAACUCAAAAAUAAGAUUUAAGUACAUUGUACUUGUGUUUUUAAGUGCCGAAUGCAUUUCUAAAAUACAUGUACCAAUGAAGAGACACUUAAUAACUGCGUUAUGAUCGAAAACUUUCGACAUAAACUGCAGGGGAUCAAACUUGUUACUUUCGUUUCUGAUUAGCUUGCAUGACUCAAACGAGUAGAUUAUCUGUGAACUGUAAGAGUGAAGAAGCCGUUCACUAUCAUGAUUAGGAGGAAUUGAUUUUUUGGUUGAUUGUGAAAAUUCAGUACCAAAGAAACUAAUGUAAGAUCGAUAGUUUUCGAUAUGAAGAGUUAGGUAUAAUCGGAGACUUUGAUGUAGUUAAUUGCUCGUUCGAAGCUGAUCAAAUAUUUUAAUUGGAUGCGUGACCUUCCUCGUAUUCAUAAUCAUUCGAGACUCGACAAACCAAAAAUGUAUGGUCUGUUUUAAAACUUUUACGACUGAAUGAAGAAUGAGAAGAUUACGCGCAAAGAUAACAGUUUGAUCCUGCAUGGCUUGGCAUUCAAGAGAAAAAUCGAAAGGAGAUCCACCGAUGAUUAAUCCAGAUUUUUUAUGGAUUUCGCGACGUAUGGCACAAAGACCAAUCACGAAGCACACUCGGAUCUCGAGAUCCAUUAUCCUUAUUUUAUUGUAAAUUAGCAAGCGAGUCACCGACAUCUGUAAUACGUAACUCGACCUAGGUAGAAGAUUGUGAAACUUCAAAAAGUAUCCUCGGUUUGCUUCAAUGUUUAUAAAAGUUUCAGGAAUAAAACUAACAUUAUUAGCAUACUUGGGUACAAGGAAAAUAUGGUAUUAGAAAAAAUUGUUUCUUAUUUAUUCUACAACGUUACGAGUACAAGUUUUAUCAAUUUUCUACCUGGAAGAGUCUGAACGGUUUGUAAUGUAAAAUACGGUUUUCCUUUUCCUUAUGUACCGUACAACUAUCAUUCAACGUUUUAGCUUUACUUCGAAGAGUAUGCUUACGUUUAUUGUCGAUCGCACAAGCCGCGCACAAUAAAUCGACGAGCAAUUAUA